AUAGGAUGGUAUAAACGGAUGUGUGACACUCAAAUCACACUGUCAUGGACUAUAUUCAAACUUGCUGCUAGUGCUCAGUUCUCUUGUGAGAACUGAGUAUGUUCAAAGGGUAUCACUCAUGGUUGUAUUUCUAGCAAUACUGAAGAGCUGCCUAGAUUCUGUUGAAUGCUGUUGUAAAAGUGAAGGCUUUACAGAGGAGUAUCACUGCUUUUCAUAGCGUUGAAGAAAUAUUAAAACAAAGCAGAACCUACCUACAAUUUUUUUUUCUUUCCAACUUGGCAGAUAUUGCUUUAUUUCUUCAGAUGUAUUUGCAUGCUAGACUGUGCGUCAUUCUUAGGGGCAGUGGCUUUCUUUCAGUGAUGGAGGUGAGCUUCUGGACCCUUGACACAGUUUCUAAGUACAGUGAGGGAGAAUUUAAUGUGAUAUUAAUUUCUCAAACAGUGUAUUAGAUGAUGAGUAGCAGUGGUGUUGAAUCAGGUCCUUAUUGGGAAUUGCUCCCUCAGCAAGGUAUGAGACCUUUAAAUGAGAGGCAGCACCAAGCAGGCAGCAUCCCAGAGCUUUCCCCAGUCAAGAGAAGUGAGCUUCUUUUCUGCCUGCUCAAGGGCAGUGGGAUGACCUCUCUGCCAGGCAAGUCUGCUGGGCAGCAAGCUGAAGAGGAUUUCCAGGGCUGUGUUUCAAGGCCACGUGUACUCUGUAGUGGGAUUUGUGUAAUCACAUAAGAGCAGUGUAGUACAAGAGGUAUAUAACUGCAUAACUUCGCAUCCUAUCUCUGAGCUUAUGCACCAAAAUAAUUCCUCUUAGGAAACUUGCAUACAAUGACUGUGUGGGCAUGUGUCCACAGAUUUGUGAACACGCGAGAGAAAAACCUACAUUAGACAUCAAGUUUUGUUUGGACAAUUUUAAAAUAUAUGUCACAAAAAGAAAACUUAAAGGAAUUACUAAACUUCUAACUCAAGAUAUGGGGGCAGUGCCGAAGUGGUAAUUUUUUAAUCUAAAACGAAAUUUCUUUGAAGUUAGCAGCUGAAGUGGUGUUUUGCAGUGCGAUAUCCUUUCAGGCUGCAGUAAUAAUACAUGAGUAGUAUCUACCUACAGUAAUUUCAGGUUUUAAUAUAUUGAAGGUGGUAGAUAUAAAUAGAAUAUCAUAAAUAGUCAUGUGCAUGGAUUACAAAGAAAUAUAGGCAGCACUGUUCAAGAAAACUGCUUUAGCCCCUUAGUGGAAUUUUAAUUAAAGAAGGAUAAUAAUAGAUAGAAUUAGAGAACACAAUUUAAUAAUGGUUGUGUCAGUGCUCCUCUAAAAUAAGGCCUGACACUAGUCUUAUUAAUAUAGGGUUUGUAUCAGAGAGAAGUUUUUACUUAGAAAAUCUGUAGUCAGAAGGAGAGUAGGGCUAAAUCACAGGUAGCUGAAAAACAAGCAGUGUAGCAGAGUUAAUAGUAAGAAGGCCCAAUCAGUGCAGUAUGCCAUGUGCAUGGUGCUGUCCUGGGUAAGGAGGACAUGUGCCAAGUGUAACUUUUGUAAGCCACCUCACCAUAAUUAAAUGGCUCCAUCUGUCUUUAGCUCCCUCUAUCACCACUGUUACUGCCCUCUUGGAGAUGGGACACUGGGCUGGACAGACCUUAGGCCUGAGCAGCUACUGUCAUUCUUGUGCAGAAUAAGCAUCUAGAGAAAAAAGUUGCCUUUAGAGACUAGAUUUAUCAGAGUGUUCAAAAUACACUUCCUGGCAGAAACUGGAAAGACUAGAAAAUGGCAGGACUUCCACACUGAAUUUAAUCCAGAGUCAUGCUGUUGUAUGUAUCAAUCAUUGGGACUGAUCAAAUAGCUAAACAGUCAGAGCCCGUCAAAUACUCUUGUUCAGCCUGCUCCUAACAUUUCCUGGGGUGGCAGAGCUGCAUUCUUCAGUAUAGUAACGCUCCUCUGUGGUAUGAUUAAACCCUUGAAAAUAUUUACUAAUAGAGCCCAUUUCACCGUCCUAGCAAUUGAGUACCUUCACAGUCUCAUCUGGGCUUUAUGAAUCUCCAAACUGAAACGGGUGUUGAGAUAGUCAUUAUAGUAUAUGCAUGAUACAUAGCAAUGUUAUUUGUGAAAUUCUUAUUUAGUCUCUAACUAGUAAAGUUUUACAAAACAUUAAGAUGAAAGGAGAAUUAAUGACUAAGAGACCUAUCUGGACAGCUUUAGUUUGAGAGUUUAAGUUAAGUUUAAAAUAUUAGAUUAAGAUUACCUCUAAAUUACUGAGAACCAAUGAGUAACCAUGUGGGUUAAAUAUUUUUAGAUGAGAGGAGUUAUCCAUAGUUAAAGAGUUAUGCAAAUCAGCUGUUACACACAAGAUAAAUGAGAAGCAAAUGCAGUAAGGUCAGGCUUAGUGAUUUAGACCAGGGGAACCCAAUACUCAUCUCUGACCCUGGCAAUUUCAGAUGUGUGAUGAAAGAAUAGUAAAUCAUGACAGGGACAAAAUUAUGGUGAUGUCUUUGUGCUUAAUAACCUGUCUUGGUACUUGUAACAACCUUCCCAAAUCUUGAGACGGAUUAUUGCCCAGUAAAAUGCCUAGUCCUGCUAAGUUUAGUGGGAAUUUUUUUAUGAACAAGACUGGGUGCAUUCACCCAAGGAAGAGAUCUCAAACAGCAAACAUGAGAGUAUCUGUGGAGAAAGGGUACCUAGAAGCAGAUCUUCCUAAAAGAGUAACUUUAUCCAAAACCAUGAUUGUAGUGAUCCAUUUUUGUCUAUCUAUAUAUAGAAAGAGAGGUUAGCUGUGAAGGCCUAGGUAUCCAAAUGUCCUUAUUCCUACAGAGUUAUUAAAAUGGAACUAUAAUAAGAGAUAAAUAAGGAAAUGACAGCAUUCAGCAAUCUAAGGAGCAUAAGGUGUGAAGUCUGAUCCAAAGGAGUGUUAUGCAGGUCUCUAAUCUAAGCAUUACUUUAUUAUCAAGAAUUUUCCACACCUAAUUAUGCCAGCAUGAUACAUCUAGAGGAUCUCGCUUUACUGUCAUAAUUAAACAUAAAUCUUGUAUGACCACCGUAUAAGUGAUUUUUUGAAAUUCAGGAGUUAAUAUUUUUAUUUUUACAUACCUACUGCUGUGUAAUAAAAGCCCCACAAAUUCUAGAAAAGGAGAUCAAAAGAAAAAUGUUUUCAUCCUUGAUAAUAGUCCUGGUGGCUAGAUUCACAGCCUGUACUCUUCUGGCAAGACAAAGUAGUAAGUUCUGAAGAAAAUUUGUAUUUUUCACUCUAUAAUAUUUUUGAUAGCUCAGAUAUCAGUGAACAGUAAGUGUUGAUCUUUCUAGGAGUGGUUGCUAGAAAAUACUAGGAAAAUUAUAGAAUCAUAUUAUCUGAUAAUGGUCUUGUUUUAUCUAUAUAUGUAUUGUAUUACAUUUAAAAGUGAUGAAGAAUUAUACAGUGCUCUUGAAACACGUUAUUGAAGCAUUUCUGUUUGUGUGAUCCCUAAUUUGGUACUUCACAAUGCUAGCAAAAUUUGGAUCAUGAUUUACUUUGAAAUGCAAGUAAUUUUUGACAUGGGGUUAUAAAGAACUGAGCCAUCUGUGAUGAGCAGAGUUAGUGCCAUUGAGUUCCGUGAUGUGCCACCUAAAGCAGGGGUGUGUGGCUGUAACAGAGGUCCCAGGGACCUUACACAGAUAUUUCAUUAGUCAUUUCUUGUUGUGCAAAUCACAGACUACAGGGGCUGCAAGGGACCUCUUGAGGCUUUCAGAUCUGUCCUCGUGUCUGAAGCAGGAGCGAACGGACCUGUGCCAUUCCUGGCAGAUCACCUCACUCUUCAUGAACUGUCUCCAAUUAAGAAAACACCCAGGAAGGCAGACUUCAGAGCAUGCUGCAUUGGUGUGUCUUCGAUAGCACUAUGGUUGUGCUUACGAGCAACAUACAGGCACAAAAUACAAUAGCAGAAAGGAGAGCCUUAAGAGAACAUGUGUAUCCUAAGCUGAGAGAAUUCUGCAGAGAAAACUAUGGCCUGGAAUUUCAGGUUAUAGACCUAUAUUGGGGAGUAGAAGCAGAUGAAUGGGACAGUCCUGAGCUGCAGAAGACUCGCAUGAAGCUGCUUGAAGAUUGCUUGAAAAGUUCUGCAGGUCCAUGCUUUGUUGGCCUGUUGGGAGAGAAGUAUGGGAACAUCCGAAUACCGGGGGAGGUUGAGUCAGCAGAAUUUGAAAUGAUCCUGGAUGCUGCUAUAGAGGCCAAGCUAGAGACAAGGAUUUUAGAAGAGUGGUACUGCAGGGAUGAGAACGCAGUGCCGCCAGCAUAUUACCUCAGACCAAAGUCAGAAAUGCUGAAGAACUACCAGAACACGAUGGAAUCUUCUUCAAAUUCCAUGAAUGAGAACAAAUGGCAAGAUAUAUCAGAAGAGAUUAAGAAGAUUUUUAAGACUGCUGUGAAAUUGCUGUAUGAGAAAGGAAAAAUGAAACACAGCCAAGCAAAGAGAUAUCUUUCCUCUGCUAUUGAAGAUGAACUUGAUUUUGCCUUGGGUAAACAAACACCAGCUUUCCUAAAGAAGUGUGUUUGCUACAUCCGGAAAAUUGCCAACAUUGAGCGUUUUGUUAAAAUUCCAGAGAUGGGAAAAUACAUGGACGUGGUACAUAAAGCUGGGAAGUUUCUACGAGAUCCUGAAGCCCAUGAGAAACUGAUCAAGCUCAGGGAUGAAUUCAUUCCUACCAUUGUCGCAUCGUCCAAUCUGAGAGUGUACACAUCCGUCACCCACUGUGACAUGAAACUGGGUUACUCCCAAGAAGUGGAGAGCCAUUACAUUGAAGGACUUGGUAAACAGUUCUAUGAAGACAUGAUUGACAUAAUCCAAGCUACAGUGCAGCAGAAUUUUGACACGGAGACAGACAUGCUGUACGAUGAAGUUCUUCAACACUCAUCACUAUGUAAAACAUAUUCCACUUUUUAUGAAUACAGAUGUGAGGCAUUAAACAUUGUUCACAAAUAUGUUUUACCUAGAAAAAUAGGACACAUUAACCCUCUUAUCAUAUAUGGAGGACCAUGCACAGGGAAGACUCUUCUGUUAGCUGAAGCAGCAAAGAAGGCCUAUUCCUGGUUGCAAGAAGAGAUGGGACCAGAUUCUGAUCCUGUGGUAGUUAUAAGAUUUUUGGGAUCCACUGAAACAAGUACAGAUCUGAAGAAUAUACUUCAAAGCAUUUGUGAACAACUAGCAGUCAACUAUCGCUGCCUCGUACAAAGUUACCCAAAAAAGAUUCAUGACCUUCGGGACUUGUUCAUAAAUCUCUUGAAUGAGUCUUCAUUUCACAGGCCACUGGUGAUUAUAUUUGAUGCUUUAGAGCAGCUAACAGAUAGUGAUGAUGGUAGAAAGCUCUGGUGGCUUCCCAUUCACCUUCCACGUUCAGUACGGAUAAUUUUGUCAACACUGCCAAACAAGCAUGGGAUCCUGCAAAAACUGAGGUGCCUUAUUCAUGAAGAAAGUAACUAUAUUGAGUUGACUGCAAGGGACAGAAAGAUGUGUAGUCAAGUACUGAAACAUCAGCUGCUGCGAGUUAAAAGGAAAGUAACAUCAGGGCAACAAAUCUAUGUCAACGAGGCAUUCUCCAAGUGCACACUGCCUAUGUUUGUGAACUUAACCUUCAGAGAGGUCAGGCACUGGAGAUCUCACAAGGAUGUGGAUGAGUCCUCCCUCUGUGUUACUGUCCACGAAAGCAUAGAGCAGUUGUUUUGGUCACUGGAAAACAAGUGUGGGUCAAGACUAUUGUCAAGAGCACUUGGCUACAUCACUAUGUCCAAAUCUGGCCUGAGUGAAAUGGAACUGGAGGAUAUUUUAGCCCUUGACAACAGUGUUAUGUAUGAACUGAAUGAGAGACUCAGAGAGAGUAACCCACUGAGAAUUCCAUAUAUAUACAUUGCAAGACUUAAGGAGGGCUUACAGGGGUACUUAAUAGAGCGACAGGUGAAAAAUGUAACACUGCUUCUUUGGGCAAAUAGGCACUUGCAACUAAUUGCCCAGAAAUUGUACCUGCACAAUGAAGAAGACUUGCGUGAAAUGCACACAAUCAUGGCAGAGUAUUUCCUUGGUGUUUGGUCAGGUGGACGAAGAAAACCUUUUCACAGCAAUGACCAAUAUCUGAGUGGUUGUCCUGACCGUGCCAGUAGAGGCAUGAACGAGGAUGAAAAGCACUGCAUGGAUCAGGUGGCUUUUGACAGGCAGGCUCCAGAUCAGCCUUGGGUCUUUCAGUGUAACCCAUUGGAACCUGAUAUCUUUUUUAUUAAUCACAGAAAAAUGACAGAGCUCAUUCAUCACUUAACAAGAUGUGGAAGAACUGAUGAUCUUCUGUAUGGAGUCAUCAUGAACUUCAGCUGGCUGUACACCAUGAUUAGAAUAGGGCAGUUUGAUAAAGCACUUUCUGACAUAGAACUAGCUUACACUUACUCUCAAGAAAAGGAGCUGAAAUUUCUGGCCAGUACCCUCCGCAGUAUAAAGUUCAAAGUAGUAAAAUACCCAGGUUCACUCUCCGCUGAAUUGCAGCAGAGACUUCUCCCAGUAGUAAGUUCAUUGCCCAAACUCAGACAUCUCCUCCUAGAAUGUGACAAGGAUGGACCCAAGUACUGCUCUAUUGUCCCUUUGCAUUCCUCCAUGGAUGUGACUUACAGCCCCGAACGCCUGCCACUGUCAUCCAGCUGCAUGCAUGUCACUGAGAUUUUGCCUACAUUUAAUCCCAGCACAAUUAUUGCUGCUUUAGAAAAUGGCUCCAUUAGCACUUGGGAUGUAGAAACCCGCCAGUUACUAAGGCAAAUUACAACUGCUCCAUCUGUUAUCUUAGGGAUGAAGCUUAGUAGUGAUGAAAAGUAUCUUGUAGUAGCUACAACAAACAACACUCUUUUGGUGUAUGAUAACAUAAAUUCCUGUCUUCUUUCUGAGGUGGAAAUUAAGGGGUCAAAACACUGUGGAAUUGCAGGGGACUCCAGUUUUAUAAAUGGAUUUACGUUAUCAGUCAACCAUGCGCUUGCUUGGCUGGAGGCCAGUAAAGAUGUUACUGUAAUAGAUCUGCUUUAUGGUUGGCCUCUCUAUCACUUCCACUGCUGGUACGAAGUGACCUGUGUGCAGUGCUCUCCAGAUGGAGUUUAUGCAUUCUGCGGGCAGUAUUUGAACACCGCAACCAUUUUCCACUUGGGCAGUGGAGAGAAGCUGACCACUGUGACCUCUGAAUUUUCAAGUGGAUUUGUGAAAUUCCUUCUCAUUUUAGACACAGCCCAAGAAAUGGUGAUGGUGGACAGUGAGGGUAGCCUCUCUGUUUGGAAUACAGAGGAAAUUGCAAAACCCCAGCUUACGGAUGACUUUGACUGCAGAAGAGAAGACAGCGAAGUUGUCAGCAUAGAGCUUUCUGAAGACCAAAGUGCAAUUUUAAUUUGUAAGGCUCUCAGCAUUGAACUUCUUGACACUCGUGUGUGGAAGGUGGCUGAAAAGUUUAGAGCUAAACACAAUGAGCGCUUUAUAUCUGCCGUGUUGUCCAAAAAUGGCAACUGUAUAAUUGCUUCAAUGGAAAAUACCUCAGCCAUUUUUGUUUGGAGAAGAGAUACUGGACAGUGUAUGGCAAGCUUACAGGAAAUCUCAGGAACUAUAGUCAGGCUAAUUAAAUCAAAUCAUCAUAACAUGCUGCUAUCCUUAUCCACCAGUGGUGUCCUUUCUAUCUGGGAUAUAGACAUCAUAACUGCUAUGUCCAAUAUUGACAAGUCUGGCAAACCCAUCCAAAGACUGGUGUUGCCAGCCAGAGGUGAAUUAAUAUACACAUUGGAUGGAUCAGAUUCUGUCCAUAAGUGGAACUUCAGCACUGGAUUUAUUGAAGCUGUGUUCAAGCAUGAAGGUAUUGUUGAAAACUGUGUGCUGACCUCUUCUGGAGAGAUAAUGGUUACAUCAGAUGAUAAAUGCAGCCAGUAUGUAUGGCACACGGUUAGCGGUGAAAAUAUCUUUCGCAUUAAUGGGCAAAAAAUCUCAGAGCUAAUGAUUACUCAUAAUGACCAGUUUGUAGUCUCUCUCUGUGAGCAAAACGCAUCCAGAGUUUGGAGACUGGCUACAGGACAUAGGGUUUGCAAUAUUUUAGUUGCCUUACAGAAUGCAUUUAUAACAACUGCAAAUACAUUUGUAGUUGGAAUGGCAAAGAACAAAGUUUUGGCAGUGAGUCUCUGGACAGGCAGUAUAACAAAGAAGUUUUGCUGUGAUGAUGGUGCAAGCAUUGUGGACAUCAAGUUGAUACCAGACUGCCCAGAUAUUAUAGUAUUUAUAACAUCUACUGAAAGUGUGAACAUCUGGAGCCUAACAGAGGAAGUCAUCUGCAGACGUGUACAAUUGCCUACCAAUUUCUUAAAAAAAUUGGAAGACUUUGAAAUAUCUCCAAAUGGGAAGCUAGGAAUUAUAACCCGUGGUGAUGAGAACAUCAAUGUGCUUGAUCUACACAGCGGAAAACUUCGUGUGGUUCACGCUCCAGGUGUCAUCUGGCGGCAGAGGCUGUCUCGCGAUGGCCGCUACCUGGUGUACAUUUGUUGCCGUGGGGAAGAAGAUGAUGACAAUGGUGCAGUCUCUAGUUUAAUUGUAAUGAGGCUAGCAGAUGGCAAAAACAUCGGUGCCUGUUCUCUUUAUAAAACUCCCACUUUUCUUGCACUCUCACAGAGACAUUUAAACAUUAUUAUUGGAUUUGAUGAUGGAAGUAUAGGUACUUACACGGUAGUGGAUCGAGUUGAUGCUGCACUGAAAAUCAAAAUUGCUACUUCAAACAGCCGUCAGAUUUUCAACAACACAACACAAGUGAUUAGGCCAAAGUGUCACAAUUAUAGUUUCAAAGUGACUGCAGACUGCAUUUGGAGGGAGUCAACAGAAGUAUUUGCAAGGGAUAGCCCCAUUACAGUUACAGAAGCUGAGGUGAGUGAAGCAACACCAACCAAAAGACACAGCUACUGCUAUGAGAAAGUGUGCUCAGCCAUAGAUUGCAGACACAGUUUUGCAUCUGACAACUGAGUAACCAUCUGGGUGAGCUUAUCUGAGUAGUACACUUGCUUAGGUAUGUCUUCUGAAUUAAUGUAAAAAUCAGUGCGUUUCUUGGAAGACAGAUAGAAACAGCAGAGGGCAGACCAGCUGUUUUUUUCCUGUCUUACAUUUCUGUAAACAUAAAAGCAAACGUAAAGCAAAGGGGCUGCAGGGUUUUUUUUUUUAAUUUCGGAAUACAAGGUUUAGUCCAGAAUUUCACCAGGGCCUUGAUUAAAAAUUUCUAGCAAUACUAUCAAAAUUGUUAUGCUAUUACAGAAGUUAGGUGAUAAUAUCUGUGGUUGACAGACUGUUUUAAAUAGAGCUAAAGCUCUAAGUAAUUGGUGAGAAGUCAGACCACUAUUUUAUAUUCCAAGUCACCUAGAUGGGUCUAUAGCUAACAGUCAACUUUAUACCCACUUGCAAAAAUGUGCUUUUCUGCUUGAUGGUGCAAUGACAAGAUGUCACCUGCCAACCUGGAACACUUGAUACAUUCCAUCAUCAUUUUAAAAAUAUCUACUUUUAUUUUUCUUUUUAAUUGGGUUUAAUCUUUGGGCUGAAAGGAGUAGGUGCCAGUCAGUUGCUAACAUGUCAGCAUGUGAGGCAACAAGUAUUUGUUCACCUCAAUGAACAGAAUGAAAGCUUUUUUGUUUAAAUUGCAUGCAGGGAUUUCAGGUUUCUGUAUUGUGAUAAAAAUUAUAAGAGUCCUAAGUUCUAAAGGAAGUAUAGGGAUUGGGGUUUUAUUUUUGGUUUAGGGAAAUGUUUCGUCUUCAUAGUGUGUAUUAGUACAGGUCAUAAUGAAAAUUUUUCAAAGAGAAGGAUGUUACUGAUGAACACUUAAAGACAUUAAUUUCUUUAUGUUAAAAGGUUGCUGUCCAUUUUGUUGUAAGAAAGUCUGAAGUAUCUCCUAUAUCUCCAAAGUAAUCCUGGUAGUUUUCAGACAUGCCAUGUAUUAGUCCAUAUAACAUUUGCCUUAGUAUUGUUUCUCUUCUUUCCCAUGAUAAAUACAGAUCAAAUGACCAAACACUCUGAGACUGUUUGUGUACCUGCUGAAAUAUUCCACUAAAUGUAAAGGCUGUCAACAGGUCCCUUCUUAGUCCAGUUUGUAAUAGGUUUUUCUUACUCUCACAUGCAUACAACCUUCACUUUCUGCUUUAGAAACUGUUCUGAGCCUUUUGUACAGUUUUACCAGUUUCAAGGCAGAAAUUGUGAAAUAAUGACAAAUGCUGUAAAAAAAACCACUACAUUUUCCUAAGUAAAAAAAAUAUACUGGACAACAUCUGAAAGCGUAAGAAAAAUUUCCCCUACUUACAUAUCUUAAAGAUGACGCACCCUAUUUCAAAUUAUUUAAACAGAAUAAUCUUAUUUUUUAAAUCAGAAUUCCAUAUCACAAAUUUCCAAGAAAUGAAUGCUAAGCUAGAACUUAAUGUAGUGUGUGAAUGUUCAGUGUACAAGCCAAUAUAGUAUAUUAAGUGACUUGAAUGAUUUUUCCUAACUGGUUUGCAACUAAUAGAUCAUAUUGAAUGUUUUUAUGUAAACUUUGUAUUGUUGGGAGAACCUACCCAAUCAGAGAUUUAUAUUUUCAUAAAUGUCAAAUUUAGUUAAAUUUUGUUACAGAGUUGUUAAAUUAGAAAUCUAUUGCAGUCUUCAAACAAAUAUACAGUCUUGUGUAUGCAUUGUUUGUACUAAUAAACUGUGGAAGCAGA